GCUGGCCGGGGGUAGGUUUCCCUCCGAAAAGUUUUGAAGCGGUUCCCGAAGGGCGCGAAGCGUGAGCCGCGUGCGUGCGUACCGGCGUGGUACUGGCCAUCGAUCGGGACAACCCUCGCCCUCGCCGCUCCCUGCACAGCCACACUCAUUUGGGCAAAAUAUCACUCCAUCAUUGCAUUUAGUAUCCCCCGUUCAUUUUAUUUAGUUGCAGUAGUUAUUUUGUGAUAUAGUGCAUGUUUUAGCGGCUAGUUACAUCUCGUAAUAAUUGUGAAAAUGGGUGGUUGUGCGACGAAAGAGAACAAGGAAAACAAACCGGCUGAAGAUGCCGACGGAAAAGCCGCAGCAAUGGUGGACGCCGCAACCAUGGAGAAAUUGGAAGCUGGAUUCAGCAAGCUCCAGGCUUCUGACUCAAAGUCACUGCUGAAAAAAUACCUUACCAAGGAAGUUUUCGAAGCUCUUAAGAACAAGAAGACAUCCUUUGGCUCCACACUCCUGGAUUGUAUUCAGUCUGGUGUUGAGAACUUAGACUCUGGAGUUGGAAUCUACGCUCCCGAUGCUGAAGCUUACUCAGUGUUUGCUGAGCUCUUCGACCCCAUCAUCGAGGACUACCAUACUGGCUUCAAGAAGACAGACAAGCACCCUCCUAAGAACUGGGGUGACGUAGAGACCCUCGGCAAUCUGGACCCCAACAAUGAAUUCAUCGUGUCGACCCGUGUCCGCUGUGGACGCUCAAUGGAAGGCUACCCCUUCAACCCCUGCCUAACUGAGGCCCAGUACAAGGAAAUGGAAGAAAAAGUCUCCUCAACCCUGUCCGGCCUCGAAGGCGAGCUCAAAGGCACCUUCUACCCCCUCACCGGCAUGUCCAAGGAAACCCAGCAGCAACUCAUCGACGACCAUUUCCUCUUCAAGGAGGGCGACCGUUUCCUCCAAGCGGCCAACGCCUGCCGCUUCUGGCCGACCGGUCGUGGCAUCUACCACAAUGAGAAUAAGACUUUCCUGAUCUGGUGCAACGAGGAGGACCACCUUCGCAUCAUUUCCAUGCAGAUGGGCGGUGACCUGAAGCAAGUGUACAAGAGGCUAGUGAACGCUGUCAACGAUAUCGAGAAGCGUAUCCCGUUCUCGCACCACGACCGCCUGGGCUUCCUCACUUUCUGCCCCACCAAUUUGGGCACGACCGUUCGCGCGUCCGUGCACAUCAAGCUGCCCAAGCUGGCGGCCGACAAGGCGAAGCUAGAGGAAGUAGCGUCCAAGUACCACUUGCAGGUGCGCGGCACCCGCGGCGAGCACACGGAGGCCGAGGGCGGCGUGUACGACAUCUCCAACAAGCGCCGCAUGGGCCUCACCGAAUACGACGCCGUCAAAGAGAUGUACGACGGCAUCGCGGAACUGAUCAAAAUCGAGAAGUCCCUGUAAGCUAUCGAUCUCGUACUAAUCAGUAUUUUUUUGUAUUAUUUAUCGUUUUCACGUAAGUAUUGGAUGUUGGCUGGGCUGCUCGGCGAACUAGUCAUCGGCGCUUCACUCGGGCGUUCGUGCACGCGGGCGGCCCUUUAUACUGUUUUUCGUAAAAAUAUUUUCUAUAAGGAAAUGGAAAAUAAAGACAGCUAGCGUUAAGACCAAAA